AUGGCGACCUCCACUGUCCUUUCUAAUUGGAAGCGUAAAUGUUUAUUUGAAGCGAGAGUUUUAGGAAGUUUUGCGAGUGGUUAUAAUAUCAGUAGCAUGCUGAACAAUUUGUUGAGGCCUGUGGUGUGUUUCAGCCGGAAUUUUGCAAUCAAAGUGACGUUUCCUUGGACUCAAAAUAGCACAGGUUAGUGUUAACUGAAUGGCACUGUUUUUGUCCCGUUGUUACGUUGUAGAUAAAAUCCAUUCCCAAGUUAAACCAGGAUUCAAACUUAUUUGUUUGAGAACUACCUUUGUUUACAACCAUUAAUUGUGUAUAGGAAAUAAAGGAAAUUCUGGUUUAUACUGAGAACAGAUUUUGCCUUAAAAAACGGUACAGCACCGGGCCAUUCCAUUUAAUAUCCGCCCCCUCCUCUCUAUGGAUGAUGUUCCUUUUUCUGUAGUCCUUCAGAAAUAAUGUCAUACCCUUCCCCUACCUAUGGAUGAGUUAAUGAUUUCUUCUGAAACCCUUCAGAAAAUUGCUAUGGAUGAGUUCAUAUUUAGGGAACCCCUCAGAAAAUGACUAAAUGGCUAUGGAUGAGUUUUCGGGGACCAUCUUGUCAUUUCAUGUUCUGUUCACUUUCAUCAGAUUUUUAUCCCAAAGAUCCAUUUAUUCACCGGCUGUGUGGCUCAGUGCUUCUGUACCGCAAAAUGAAGUUGGUACCUGAGUAAGUGAUAGAAAGGUUACUUGCACUUAGCCUGAAUUUUAGGCAUCCCCUUGAGUUGCAUGCUUCCAGGAUUAUGCAACUUCAGGGGAUGUCUAAAAUUCAGGCUUUCUUCUACUUAGCUCCAUGUAAACUAUAAUUUUACCAGCCAACUCUCCCGGUUUUCACGGCAGUUUUUCAUCAAAUCUCCCAGCAGUGGCAGAUUCAAGGGAGGGGCCCCCAGGGGCCCGGCCCCCCCUUAUUGUUAACCUCGUUCCCAGGGUUCUCUCUUAUCCGCCCUAUGGGGCCCUACUCUCUCUCUCUUGCUCCGUAGGGCACGUAGGAGAGAACCCUGGGAACGAGGUUGCCUUAUUGUUAGACCAAAUUGUUAGACCAGGCCCCUCCCUUAUCUGAAGGUCUGGAUCUGCCACUGCCCAGUCUCCCGGUUAGAGCACCAAAUCUCCUGGGAAAUACCUACCUUGGCGUUUUUUCCAAAUUUUCAGUAAUUUUGUUAAUUUCGAGAUGUCAAUGAUACAAUUUUUAAUUUCCUUUCAUUUUUCUGUUAAGAGAGCUAACUUCUUUGUUUAUGUCACGUUCAGUAACUUAAUUACUUAAAUCGUCUGUUUAUUUAUUUUUUCCCUUUAAGUGGCCAACUAAAUCCAAAGGAAUUUCUUAAAACUGCAAAGGUAUGCCUAAUUAAUUAACCUAUGGACAAGGCAAACAUGAUUCAAUCUUCAUCAUCAAUUAUUUGCCAAGCACAUGCUCAUGUUAUCAGAAAGACCAGUGCUGUGUGAGUGUGCAAAAAUUAUUGAUGGCUACCAUGCUGCUGAACCCAUCAUUGCUUUAUUUCUGUGUAAGGUGAAGGGUUGCAGUUUUUAUGUGCAAUUUGUUACAAUUGUCACACACCAAAUGCCAAUCAGGGCCCAGUAUGUUGUUUGAAAAGUGGAUAGGGUUAUCCAACAGCCACAGGCCCCAGUUGUUCAAAAGUUGGAUAGUGCUAUCCAUCAGAUAAAUCACCAUCCAAUGGAUAUGUGUUAGGGAAACCAACUGCGCUAUCUAGUGGAUAGUGAUCCGGUGGAUAGCGUUAUCCAUCUUUUGAACAACUGGGGCCAGAUGAAUCUCUAUCCAGUGCAUAACACAACUGGUUUCCCUAUUACUGAUCCGCUUGAUAGUGAUCUAAUUAUCCUUCAGAUAGCGCUAUCCAACUUUUUAAACAAGCAGGGCAAGGUGUUUGUUUUGUAGACUUACUUAAUUUGUUUCAAUUUAAAUGUAUUUUCUUUUGUUUUUUAGGACUGUGUCAUGAUUGUGAGUGGUUUAGUUUCUCAGAUGGAUCCUGAUGGGAUGAUGAGUGAUCUGUUAGGUGAUAAAGUUAGUUGUAGCUCCUUGCAGCACUACUCAUAAUUUCAGCAGUUAUCACUGAUGUAAUUUGUUAGACUGGCUAUGAUUUGAGCUACAUUGGCCUUUUCUGAUUUGUUUGCUUAAACACUGGACAUCUUUCUAUAGAUUGUCUUUCUCCACUCUUUGUAUUCACUCGCUGGGAGCAGGAUGCAAACUGGACCCCUUCAAAUGGCUGACAAUUAUUAGGCCUGCUAUUAACAAAGGAUGACUGUAAAAUUCGGCCUUUUGGGGGGGGGGCUGACAUUGUUAAUUAAAUGUCCCAUAACUUUAGUUGACUGUUGGUAUUUUUUUCUGAUGAUUUUUUUUAGGUCCAAGACUAGAUAAGAUUUUCAAAGAUGCAUUUGCAACAAUAUUAGACAACAACUUAAUCUUACGUCUGGUAAGCGAAAAUGUGUUCAACUUCCAUAUUAAGCCAGGUAGUCAUCAUCUACUAGUGUUAUGAUCAACUCAGAAUAUUAUAAAUGCUUUCACUACAGGAAAAGAUUAAUUUUCCUGGUUUUUAUGGGUGGUGACAAGUGGUUAAGAUAAGUGCUUUUAGUGAUCAGUUUUGUUUGCUUAAAAAUUUAAGGCAGUUUUCCCACUUGAAUUUCUUUAGUGCAAAGCAAAGUUGAGCACCAUACAUUAGAGAAACAGGGAACAUUAAUUUUUUUAACAAUCUCCAUGUCACUGCUAAUAGCAUAAAACAGAUGGUCAUCUGCAUACACAGUACAUGUUGAGGUUAACAUCAAUAUCAUACAUAUGUAAGAUUUCUGAUAAAUGUUCCUCAAGAGUGGCCCAAAUGUUGACCCCUGAGAGCAUCCCCUGGACACCAUCUCCCAUUCACUUACUGCUGGCCCCAGUUUGAUUCUAUGAAAACAAUCUUUAAAAUAAGAGUCAAGCAGCUUGCCUCUACUGUCGCGUACACUGUAAGUUUUCAAUUUAGCUAAGUUCAUGAGAGGGUGGUAAAAAAAAUAAGUAUAUAAAAGGCAACUGUAUAUGUGCACAGGGCACCCAUGGUCAUGGACUAGCAGGACUUACAGAACCCUUUUGGUUCUAUAAAAAUGUACAAAUAAUAUUAUCAUGUUAAUUUUUAUUUUAUUAUUUAAUUUAAUUUUAGGAGGUGUCAAGUGUCUCAAAUCUUCACAUCGCCGGUAAAUUGUGCUUUUACUGUAAAUUGUACAUUGAUAACUGAAUAAUUGUACUUAAAACUAAAUGAUGAAACCCUCUAAAAAAACUGACAAUACCAUCAACAGUAGAUAUCCCAUAGCUUAAUAAGUAUUAAACGAGCACCAUGUUGUAUCCUUUAAAACACAGCAUACCAAGCAGGUGUAUAACACUAAUAGAAUAUAGUGGCUGGGGGGGAGUUAAUCUCUUUGGAGACGUCCUCUUAACCUCAGGAAAUCAAAAUGGCUUAUACUGUUACAAGAACUGCCUCCUGCCCCCAUAUAUCCCUCUCUGCCAGCUUAAAAAUUUUGUGUUUCAAUUAUCUUCAUCCCAUAUCCAUCUUUUAAAACUUCAUAUAUUAGUGUUGGAAUAAGUUUGUGCUUCCUUUCUUAAAUGUUUUAUUGAGAUCUCUCAGACCUCCAUUAGUUCGUGUGUUAUCUUUUCACAAUUUGGAUUUUGUGAUUACAUUCACUGAAAGUCACGUUGGACUAUUUACCAUGUUUCAUUUGAUGCAUUUAUCUUUGAUGGUAUCACGUACCAUUACAUUUUCUCUAUCACAGCUGUUCGCAAUACUCUAGGGCCAUCAGAGCCCAGCAGAGACUGUUAUGUCAAGGAUGGCCUUGGGCAGAGGUUAUUUCUUGAGCCAGAUCAUAUAGAAGAGCUAAAAGGAAGUAAGUCCCCCCACCCACUCCACCCUUCCCAUGACAUCUGCACUGAUUCAGGAAUGUGAAAGGGAAAAAAUGUUCUACCAUUAAUCGAGAUGUGUAAGGCUAAAUAUUAGGAGUGACAUGCAUCAUCGUGGACUGAUAAUAAAUUUCUUUUGGCAUGCUACACUAUUACUGUUAGACUUGCCACAAGUCAACUGCACGAGUGCUGAAGGUGGGAGGGACCUACCCAGCAGAGACCAGAAACCGGCUUUGACACUGUCUGUAUCACCGUUGAACUAAAUAAAACCAUGAACAUCUGAAAUAUUUCAGAAAUGUUAAUUGAGUUAUGACCAAUCACUGCAAAAAUCAGGACAUGCAAGCUGGCACAUUGUUACUUUUGGUUAAGUUUUCCCAAGCCUGAUUGGCUUUUUCCUUGCAACACAAUAACAUUUCAAAGAUUUUUCUCGUGUUGCCCCCCAGUAAUCCCUCUUUCCCACCCUUGUAAAUUUUGCUCCAUUGAUUUCAUUUCUUACCCCCUAUUUUAUCUGGUUCCUAUGUAGGGGUUAGGGACCAAUGCAACAUGAGUGCCAAAGGUAGAACUUCUAACCUAGGGGAACCAGCACCAUUUUUGACAGUGGAUUCUGUGAAAUGCCAUUUCCUUAGUAGUCUUCUGAGCGAAUAAAUAAGUGGGCAAGUUUACAAAGGCUCAACUCUGUUUUUGCUAAACAUACAAAAUAAUCCCUGUUAUUUAGACCUAUUUCAGACUUCUGUUACGUGUGAAAGUGCCAGACCUUUUACAUCAAACAGCCAGAUGUUACACCUGGUCUCCAAUCUCAAGGGGAGCCUCUGUCCUAUGUCUUGUAUUUUUGUAGCUUCUGAGCUGUCCCAGUCUAAGAAAUAACCUUGAAUGCCUGAAAGUUGUAGAUGGGGUGGAACAUCAGGUGAUUAAUAACCUUUUUUGUUUCUUUCCUUUUUCAAGGCAUUCUUCUACCACCAGAGAUACUUGGAAAAUUUGUUCAUAAAUUUCAAAUUGGCGUAAAGUUUGUGACAGAGGAAAAGUGAGUGUUGAUUCUCAUUUAUGUAGAUUAUGAACCAGAUCAGUCUAUACCUAAAUAGUAUGCAUGGCAGUAAUUGAGCAAAAACUUUUGAAAAAAGCCAUUUCAUUUUUUAAGUGAUAGGUGUAGCUGUAGCCUGACACUCAGAUGUCCGAGGUCAUUCGUGGCCCCUUCACUUCUGUCCUUCUCCAAGGGGCCGCAAACAACCUGGGACAUCUGAGAAUCAGGCUAGUGUGGCUUUAGGCUCGUCAGGCAAACAAACCCCUCAGGACAUCUGUGUGUGAGGCUAGCUCGUUCUGACCUUUGGUAACAACCCUUAGACAACCAAACAUUACCCCUUUAAGUCCCAAGAGUCAUCAACAUCACUUUGGAGUUUUCCCUUGAGAAUAUCAAUACAGUAGCGAGAGAAAAGGUAAUGAGAAUUAAUAAAAUGGUCUCCAGCCCUACAGGAGAAUGCUUUGAUCUUUUAAGAAAUUCUCCCAACUUAUUUUUUACGAAAAUGAAUGGAGAUUCGAAUUUGCAUGUGGGUAUCGGGGCUUAAAGGGUUACCUUUUGCAACACUAUGUCAAUAAUUUAUACUAUAGCACUUUUGUGUUGAAUGGUAAUGAGUUCCUUUUUAUUCGCACAGGUUUUAUAUCAGAACAAGUGAUGGCCAAAUAGUGCAAGGCUCAGAAAACUCAGCCAUUUCACAUCACAUGUGGCUUUUUGAGUCUCUAUUUUGCAAAGAGAGACUUCUCAGAAAUGAAUACCCACUAUCAUGGAGAGUGGUGGAUAUGGACCAGUGUGUGCAGUUCAGACUGCCACUUUAUAGACCGCUUUCUUCCUACUUUGAAAAUAAGCGAAAUUUAUAGGUGCUACUCAUCAGUGUUCAUUGUCAGAACAGUUCACUUUUCUCCCCCACCCCUGCCCUUUUUUACACCAGCUACGCUAGAUACAUACAUGUAUGCAAAAGCUCUGGAGGCACUCAAACUGAUUAAUGCUCUCUCCUCUCCAGUGCAUGGGGUAUUUCUAUGAAACGACAGAUAUCUUGACACUGGGCCAUUAGUGUGAGAUUAUGAAAAAGGUCCCUAACAUAAAAUGUUUUUGCGACAUACAGAUCGCUUGUAGCCAGGUGAAUGGCAAGUACGUACACAUAUCCUGGCCAGAUAUUACAUGUACAGUUGACCUUCAAUCUCCAUGUGGACAUAUGGACACCUGCUGUCUACUAUGAACAACUUUCUAAUGUCCCAAAAAAAUUCUCACCUAAGAAUUAUAUUCUCACUGAUAGUCUCUCAGUACUGUUAAGCAAUUUAGAUGCAGUUAAAAGAUGAAGGCCAGAAUCUUUUUAGAAUAUUAGUUACUGUACACUUCAAAUAAUUGUAAGCAGUGUCAUCAUCAUGGUCAAAUGACAUCAUGUUGCUGACCUCUCUUUAAAAUGGGCACGUUUCUAACUUUGAAACUCUGUCUAUAGAAAUAUUGAACUGUACAUACAAC